CUAUCUUAGAACUCAAGGAGUCAAUUCCAUUGAUACAAGUCAGGUGGCAACAGCCUGCACAGAAGCCCGCAGAAGGACUGUUGAAAACACACUCGAAGGAUACACAUUAAUUCUCAAAGCCAACUUGAAUAAAGUUAUUGAAGAUGACCUUGGGAUCAAUUUUCCCCAAAAUUCACAGGGGAAUUCAGUCGGCAUUCUGAGACUCCAGGAAAAGGCACGCAGGAUGAUUGGGAAUUUGUGGAUGAUUUUGUUGGCCUUCACCAUAUCAGAAACGACAGGUAGAAACCUCAGCGCACAGCCUCUGGAUCACACAGCUUGUUUUACAGGAGCACCAAGUAGAAACUACUAUGUAUUUGCUGGAGAUCCUUUCGUGUUGACGUGUGACCUUGGUAGUCAUACCUCCACCAAUUCCACACACUAUGCAGAUGAGCUGCUCUGGUACCGGAAAGAUGACGAAGGAAGAGUUCAGCAAAUUCAUGGCUCGAAGGAAGCAAUUGAGCAAAGACAAAAUGCCUUCUUCUUUUCAUCAAUAAGCCCUGCAGCCUCUGGAACCUAUUUCUGUGUUCUCAGAAAUACUCACCUCUGCCUUAAGAUGACUAUAUUAGUUGGACAAAACCAAAUAUCUUGCCAGGGUCAUGAACUUCGGGAGAUUUCACUAAUACGUGAUACUGCAACUAAAAUCUCAUGCCCAGGCAUUGACUGCUUCAACUCUGUAGCAAGGUCUCCCGUGAGGUGGUACAAGAAUGGGUUAACUGUUGAACAAUAUGAUGAAAGAACAUCUUUGAAACUUAAAAAUGAGCAAAUUGAGUUACAUACAAUAUACGAAAUGGAUUCUGGCAACUACACAUGUGCUUUUAAUUUCACUGAAAAUAAUACCUACUGGCUUGUGAGAAGAACAUUUACAGUGAGUGUUAUAAUUAAAGAUACAAAGGAAACACCAACUGUUCUUGAACCUUACGGAGUAAAAACAAUUGAGUUGGAGCUUGGACAAUCUCUAGAGCUCGUGUGCAAAGUUUAUUUUGGUUACGAAAAGAACUUUUCCCCUGUAAUCAAAUGGUUAAUUAAUGGCAAAGUUGCAACAGAAAACACAAGAGUUAAACAAAGUGAAGUUCAGACUGUUGAAAACACAAUUGAAGGAUACACAUUAAUUCUAAAAGCCAACUUGAAUAAAGUUUUUGAAGAAGACCUUGGGAUCAAUUUCACGUGUUUUUCCCAAAAUUCACAGGGGUAUUCAGUCGGCAUUCUGAGACUCCAGGAAAAGGCGUCCAAUACCCACCAAAUAAAAAUAAUAACAAUACCUAUCUCAGUAAUAUUUGUGGCUACCACUUGUGGGUGUAUUGGAAUCUACACAUUUUGGAUUGAAAUUGUUUUACUUUACCGACACUACUGCUCAAAGGAUGAAACCAUUAACGAUGGGAAAGAGUUUGAUGCCUUUGUGUCAUAUGCAAACAGCUCUUCUUCAGAUACACGUGAUACCAUUACAGAGGACAGAUUUGCACUGGAGCUUCUUCCAGCUGUACUGGAGAAAGAGUAUGGAUACAAACUGUGUCUGUUUGAGAGGGACGUGUUGCCUGGCGGAGCUUACACCGAAGAUGUUAUCUUGAGUAUAAAGAAGAGCCGACGAAUAAUAAUUGUCCUCAGUCCCAAUUACAUCGCACUAACUGGAUCACGAAUAUUUGAACUAAUGACAGGAGUCAACAUCAUGUUUGAAAAUUUCAAAACAAAAGUGAUUUUGAUCAAAUUCAGCCCUUUGCCUGAAAUUAACACCCUUCCGCAAAAUGUUAAAAAGGCCAUCAAAGUAUUACCAGAGAUAUCUUGGAAAGGAAGCAAGUCUUCACUUCCGUCCUCUAAAUUCUGGAAGCAGCUCAGGUACUAUAUGCCAGUGAAGAAGAACAGUCACUUAUCGAUUGCAUACUCUAAAGAGCACGAGACUGAAUAUAAAUUCUUAGUUUGAUGGACAAACAAACAUGUAUAUACACCAUUGUUCUAUUUAUCUAUUCAUUCAUUUGAUGUGUCAUUUAUUUUAUUGUUGCGUAUCAUAUAAAUUUUACCUAAUCCUUUUGUUAUAUAUCACAAUACAAUUACAGGCUCAGUAUAUUUCUCUAUUAAAUGAAUUCUAUUUGAUUGAUAUAAAGUUGAAACUUUGAGUUUGAAUAUAUUAUUUCCAAUAAUAAUCCAGAAUCCAUGUGGUGCCUGCAGUUACUGACCACAUUAUUAAUGUGCAAUUUCCUCUCAACGACAUGAAUAUCCUGCAUGACGUUGAUAA